CAACCACAUAGGAAGCUCAGCAUCACCGGUGCACUCUUCUGCCUCACUUGUCUACCUUUUUUUCUGUUUCUUUGUUUUUUAAUCCACCGCAUAACCUGCGACACUUUCAAGCGCACCAUGGCCGGAUACCAUCCCGAUAUCAACGAUCCCGAUGCAUUCGUCCUCUACCGCUAUAGGCCGAACCUCGCAGCAGCCGUCAUCUUCAUUAUUCUCUUCCUACUCACGACCCUAUUCCACACUUUCCAAAUCUGGCGGAAGCGAACGUGGUAUUUCAUCCCACUCGUGAUCGGUGGUAUAUUUGAGGUCAUAGGCUACGUUGGCCGCGCGCUGUCGCACCAGGACCAGUGGCAACUUGGCCCUUUUAUCAUGCAAUCGCUCCUCCUCCUUGUAGCGCCUGCCCUCUUCGCCGCCUCCAUCUACAUCAUCCUCGGCCGCAUUAUUCUGAUGACGGAUGGCGAACGACGCUCAAUGGUACGCCUCAAAUGGCUAACCAAGCUCUUUGUGACUGGCGAUGUCAUCUCAUUCCUGCUACAGGCCGGCGGCGGCGGUAUCCAGUCGUCAGGCACGCUGUCGGCUAUGAAGACGGGGGAAAAGCUUAUUGUUAUCGGGCUGUUUGUGCAGCUUGCCUUCUUUGGCUUUUUUGUUGCUGUUGCUGCCAUUUUCCAUACGCGGCUGGAGCGCUACGGGCCCGGGUCGACGUUGGAUCUGGGCGCGCUGCCGUGGAAACGUCACUUGCUCGCACUGUACGCGUCGAGCACGCUUAUCCUGGUGCGAAGCGUCUUCCGCGUGAUUGAGUAUUUGAUGGGGAACGCAGGCUAUCUACUCAGGCACGAGGUUUUCCUGUACAUUUUCGACGCGAUACUCAUGCUUGCGGUUAUGAUCAUCUUCAACGUUGUUCACCCGGGUCAGGUCACAGAUUUGUACCAGCAACGGGUAGCGGGGCACAAGGAAGCACGUUCAGAGGAUGCAAGCGGCGUCGCGAUGCAGCAGCCCAGAAAUGGGCGCGAAGUUCCUAGUGGACCGUGGUCGUAG